AGGAGCUGCUCGCGGACUGCGGGGCGCCUGUGACAGUACUAAUUUACUAUCUUCAGUGAUUACCUAAUGUUAAAAUCAAAUGGAAUGCAUUCAUGAAACUUCAGAUUUAGUGAUAGUUCAGAGGUUUGAGGCUGCUGCUUGUGAUCAUCUAUUCAGAUCUGUGUUCACCAUAUUAGAUCGUGUAGCAGUGUUUGCUUUAUAAAGUCCAAAUACAUGAGCAUAUUUGACAAAUCUGCAUUCAAGUUUAGUCAUCAACACAGAUUGUUCAGAACAUCUGCUAUUUCAAAUGGCCAAAUUGUCCAGUUUAAGCUCUCUGAUAUCGGAGAAGGAAUUACAGAGGUGACUGUGAAAGAAUGGUAUGUAAAAGAAGGUGAUAGUGUGUCUCAGUUUGAUAGCAUCUGUGAAGUACAAAGUGAUAAAGCUUCGGUCACUAUCACUAGUCGUUAUGAUGGCAUCAUUAGAAAACUCCAUUAUAAUCUAGAUGAAAUUGCUUAUGUUGGAAAACCAUUAGUGGACAUAGAAACUGAUGCCCUGAAAGAUGUAGCCUCAGAAGAGGAUGUUGUUGAGACACCUGCUGUGUCUCAUGAAGAACACACACACCAAGAGAUAAAAGGCCACAAAACACUGGCAACCCCUGCAGUCCGUCGCCUUGCCAUGGAGAACAAUAUUAAACUGAGUGAAGUUGUUGGAACAGGGAAAGAUAACCGCAUCCUUAAAGAAGAUAUUCUCAAUUAUUUGGCCAAGCAGACGGGAGCUAUUUUACCUCCAUCACCAAAACCUGAAAUUAUCCCACCAUUACCAAAAUCGGAGACUGCGCCAGCUGCUCCAAAGGACAAAGGAACUAAAAUUCCUAUACCCAUUUCCAAGCCCAUCGUGUUUGCAGGGAAAGAUAAAACUGAGGCUGUGACAGGCUUUCACAAGGCAAUGGUAAAGACCAUGACUGCUGCACUGAAGAUUCCUCACUUUGGUUAUUGUGAUGAGAUUGACUUAACUCAGCUCGUUCAACUGAGAGAAGAAUUGAAACCUCUAGCACAAGUUCGUGGAGUUAAACUCUCCUUUAUGCCUUUCUUCAUAAAGGCAGCUUCUCUGGGAUUACUGCAUUAUCCUAUUCUUAAUGCAUCUGUGGAUGAAAACUGUCAAAAUAUCACAUACAAGGCUUCUCACAACAUUGGAGUUGCUAUGGACACAGAACAAGGCUUGAUUGUCCCUAAUGUGAAAAAUGUUCAGGUCUGUAGCGUGUUUGAGAUUGCUUCUGAAUUAAAUCGCCUUCUGACCUUGGGCUCUGCAGGCCAGUUGGGAACAAAUGACCUCACUGGGGGAACAUUCACUCUCUCCAAUAUUGGCACAAUUGGUGGUACCUAUGCCAAACCAGUGAUACUACCUCCUGAAGUAGCUAUUGGUGCUCUUGGAAAGAUACAGGUUCUUCCCCGAUUUAAUGGUAAUGGGAAAGUAUUUAAAGCACAGAUAAUGAAUGUGAGCUGGUCAGCUGACCACAGAAUUAUUGAUGGAGCUACAAUGGCCCGUUUUUCUAACUUGUGGAAAUCCUAUUUGGAGAACCCUGCUUCCAUGCUGCUAGAUCUUAAAUAAAGAACACUAAUGCCAGAACACAUCCUUAAACUUUGGGGGAAUAAACUCAAUAAUUAUAAAAGCUAGCUAUGCUAGCAUAUGUCCGUUAGUACUUUUCUUAUUAUACAAUUAUAUUAUGUGGUUGAAAGGUCUCAAGAGCCUAUAUCAGUCUAUUGAUAACCUGUUCCAUUCUUUUCAAUUAAAAUGGGUAGUUUUGUAGUUUAUUCUAUGGGAGGCUGUCAUACUUAAUAGGUCAUGGUGUGACUUCUAAAUGUGAUGGGGGAAGUAUUUAGUGCCUGACUCUGAUAAUAUGUGCUGACUGCCACUGGCUGACAUUACUGAAAGACAGAUAUCUACAUGUCUGCAGUACUUUUAAACUGCUUAUUCUGGAUAGAAGGGAAGUUACGUCACAGUUAUUCCUGGUUGAAAACAGGAAUUUAUUUUAACAAAUCUAAUGGAAUAUUUCCAAGUUCCUGAAAGAAAUUAUGCAGAAAUAAUGUACAAAUAAAAUGUCUUUACGAUUAUCUUUAAA